AUGCAUAAUGCUGGAAAGCAACAAUUUCUCAUUCACCACCUGAAUUAAUUACUUUAUUGGUCGAAGCCGAGGCAGCCAGCCAGCGGGGGCAGGGUGGGUCUGAGUGGGUGUCUGUGUCUUUGAGGGGUGAAACGGGGAGGUCUUCAUACCGCAGGGAGCGCGGCUGAUCGCUUCAAUGAGCGAGCGCGCCUCCGUCGGAUCUCCUCUUCCUGCCGUUACACCCACCGCGCUCGGUGUAGCGGGUUCUCUCCGAGGGAGGAAAAAAAAAGGGGGAGGACCGAUAGCUCAUCGGCGACAAGUGCUGCAGUAGGAGCACAGCGGGAAGCGGAGAGAGAAACACGCACACACACGCGUACACGUACCAGGUUAUUCCCCAAAACCUGGUCCAUGGAGAGAUCUGCUGCAGCGCCGUAGUGACGCAGGCCGACAUGGAGGAGUAUUUGCGGAGGGUCCAGAGCAGGCUCGGGGCAGGUCUACCUGAGGGUCCCAUCCAUGCUGUUUUAGGUGGACCAGAACCUGAUGUUGACACUGUGUCUGCAACACUGUGCUUAGCACUGCACCUCAGUCAGAAGCAACCCUCAGGUGGAGUGUGUGUACCCUUGCUGUGCAGGAAGCGGUGCAGCAACGAGUUGCCGGAGGAGACCGUCAGAUAUCUGAAGAGGGUGAAAAUUAGUGAGAGUGUCUUGUUAUGGAGGGAAGAUGUAGACCUUGUAAAUCUUCAUCAAGCUGGAAAGCUUUUGCUCACUCUGCUGAGAGAUGGACUUCUAGAGAACUCUGAGUACCACACUUUGGAGUCCAGCAUCCUGCGAGUGGUCCAUCAGGACAGGCAGUGGGACGCAGCGAAUGAUGGGGCACUGUCCGCGGUGACAACAGUCGCCAGAGAGAUUCUUCAAGAGGCAGCAGAGCAGGACAGAGCAGCGCUGGGGGAGCUUCUCGGAGAUGCCUCGCACCUCCUUAGAGAAGCUUUUUGGAUCAAACGUGGCUGUGGUCCAGAAGAGCUGAAGGACCUUUUAAGAUCCUUGGAGCAGUGGGUUGAUGUCACAGUUAAUCAGCCCGAUAAAGUGAAGCAACCAGAGUUAAUGCGGCUGCUGACCAUGGAGCUGAAGGAGUUUACAGAUGGAGAGAUGACGCUUGGACUCACAUCAGUACCCACAAACAAGGAGGACUGGCAUGAUUACAUGGAUUACCUGAAGUUGUUGUGUCACCAGAAUGACUAUGAUGGUCUUGUAGUGGUCUUGGCCAUCAAUGAUACAGUUCAUCGUCCCGGCCAGCAGGUGGCUGUCUACUCAAGCAACACAGAUAUCUUAAACCAGAUCUGUGCUGAGCUGGAAGAGUCCUCCAGCUGGUCUUUUUCUGGUGAACAAGAAGAAAGGGAAAGUCUCCAGGUCUACCACAUUCCAACAAACACAUCCACCCCUUCUGAUACUCUUCCCCUGCUACUGGAAGACAUCCAGGGCAUCCUGAAGGAAUUUGUUAACCGGCGUAACACUGUAUUAGGCUGCCACCCCAGCAGCAGGACCUCCUCCACAGAGGGGGUAGCGGGCAGCGUGGAGUUCUCCCAGGGAUCAUCCGGCAUCAACGACAUGGACGGAUCUGACACGGAGAGGGCAGAGGCAAGGGUGAUUGCAGAGGGUGAGGAGGAGACAGGAGCUGUCGGAGUUGGCGCCGGUGGGGAGCUGUUGAGCCCGGACAGUGGUAUGACCACCAUCCGCAGCAGCAGGUCCUCCAAGGAGAGUUCUGUGUUCCUCAGUGAUGACAGUCCAGGUGGGGAAGGUCCAGCUGGAGGGCCAGGAGUGCUCUUCCUGAGGAACCCCUCUCCUCUGGGGUUUUUGUCUCUCUCCCCUCCUGUCCCACCUGAGAGGAGGAAGCACCGCUCUGGCAAAAAUAAGACAGACAAUUUCAAUUUAUUUAGUUUUGAUCCACUUCAUAGCAGGGACCAGCCACUGUCAGCAGGAGAACUAGUGGAUUCCUUAGAGGGUUUUGAUGAAGGUGAAAGAAGAGCUGGAAGCUCUAGCUUAUCGGAGCUUGAUGAGAUGAGCCUGCUUGAUUUCUCUGCUCCAAACUCUGUAGGAGGGCUUGAAAGUAGAAAUUCUUCAAUUGAUCACCAUGUUCAGAUCUAUGGAAAUGAGAUGAUGGACACAGUGGUACCUCCAACUCCUGUGAACAGCCUGGUAGGUAGCCGCCCACCUAGCAGCUGUGGUGUCAGGUUUUUCCCCGAAGACAUAGUUGAGAGGAUCAAUGGCCUACAGCACAAAGACAGUGUGUCGUCAUCCUUAUCAGAGACUUGGGAUGAUCUCAGCAGUGAGACACAAGGAGCUGUUUUCUCCAGUGAUAAUGGUGUGUUGAAUAAGGUCCGAAGCUCAGGCAGUCCCCAGAAUGUUGUGAAUGAAGUCAAAAACUCAGCGGGUGAUAUGAUAGAAAGAGAUCUCGGAGACCAGAUGUCGAAGCCAGACUCUGCCCAUCAGAGGGCAAAGACUCUUGAACCUCAGCUUAGUUUGAUUACUGAGCAGACUGAAACAUGUGAAAACUGGAACCCAAAAUUUGUAUUGAAGGAUCAGUGGGACCCUGCAACUUUGGCUGAUCUUGAGUUAACAGCACCUAAAAAUAUUGUGUCUUUGAAAUCUAAUGCUGGCAUUACUGCAGAAAAACAAGUAACACCCUCUGUAUUGAGAAAGGAAACGAUCCUAAACACUUUAACACCAGAAACAUCUAAAGAAGAGGAUGAAGGUAAAAGACGAGACCAACACAUGGAGCUCUUAGACUUUUGGACAUACUCAGCCCAAAACGGAUUUCUGAAAUCCGACAGUGGAACCACCACCUCCUACCCUGAGUCUCUAGAUAUGUGGAAUAUGACAAUCAGGGAUGACAGUCUGUCACCUCUGAGUACCCCAGACAAUCUGUGUGAAAACUCAGGUUCCUUCUGUGGCCUGAACGCUAUUAUGGGGAAAGACACAUCACUGGAAAGUCCUCUGGGAUACUCUGAUGGUGGGAUGGUGAUGUGGAACACCACCAUUCAGGAAGAAAGCUCUUCCACAACAACAACCCCCGAAGGACCCGAACAUGAGAAAGAUCUGUUGUGUGUUGGAUCCUGGGCAGCUAAUCGUUCUCCUGAGAUGGAAGGAAAGGGGGACCUUCAGUCACCCAAAGAAGGUGACUGGAGGGGUGAAAAGCACAACGUGAAAAUAGUUAUAGAAAUAGCUGACAGUGGAUCACAGGGGGAGGAAACGGUCAACAAUGACAUGCAGAGUGUUCAGAGCGAGACGGAAGUCGGAAACCUGGUUUCCACACAUUCAGACGUUGAAUCUUCACCUCAUGAGAACACUGACUUGUGGGAAUUACGUGUCCAUGGCAUGGUCACGUCCACCUCCGAAUAUGACAACGUCGGAGCAGGGUCAUGGAGCCGUGCUUCCUCCCCUGAUAACUGUGCCACCCUUGUAGUAGACCUGAUACAGCUCGAGGAGCAAUCCAGCCCUUUUCUAGCUGUAAGCAGAUCUGUUCAGAAUCAAUAUCAGAGACCUGAUCUUCUGGGAGAAACAGAAGCAGAUCCAGAUAGAGACCAGACAGGAAACCAAGUGUUCAUUUUUGACAAAAGGUUGCCUCACCUGCAAGGUAGUGCUGAGAGUAACUCCAAAAACACGAGCAGUGAUGACUUGGUGGAUGCUGAUUGGAUGGAGCAAUCCAGUGUCCAUUCUCCAUUUGUUUUGGUAGAUCACUCUACUGUCACUCUUUCAGAAAGUCCCAGAGAAGAUGCUGAAACCCAAGUACAGACUCGUCAGUCACUAUCCCUAAGCUACCUGGAAGGAGACUGUCUUCUGCCAAACAGACAUGAAGGCUCAGAUUCAGCCUCUUCAUUAGAUCUGGUUAUCAAAAUGGCCAACAAUGUGAUGGAGGGUUCUCCAGCUGAAAACCAAGAGCUGGAUCAAAUAGAAAACAAAAUGCCUGAAGGUAUAUCAUUGAGCUGUCACCCAAGAGGAGAAAGAGAGACACCAAGUAACCCUGACAGUCUUAACUCAGGUCAUCAGAAUAACCAUCAGUGUAGUUCUGAUGGAGAUUUAUUCUCAAACUUAGAAAUGGAGUAUAUUGUCAUGCCUGGUUCAAUUAAGGAGACUAACAGGGAGUCUUUCCUUACCCAGGAUAACAAGCAGUCUAAGAUAAAAUGUAAACCCAUGGAGGCAUUCAGCAUGCUGUCCUAUGCUGCAACUCCCCUGGGAUCUGAUGCCAAAAUUGCAUAUAACCAACACCCGGAGAAUGCUCAACAAAACAACCAACCACAAACCAGAGGAGCUGAGAGCAAAUCUGAAUUAUCCAAAUUAACCAGUCCUUACCAAUCCAGCCUUGAUGAUAACCCUGACCAUCACUUACUGCCAGGAUUGACCACUUCUGACCAAUCAAAAAACAACUCUGAAGCUUUCCAUCAAUCCAAUUUCACACCAACAGAAGAAGGAAACUCUGAAAAUGAGUCUGGCACUGUUGCCAGAAGUGUGUCUCCUUCCCUAAGAUACCCAUCAGAUCACUUCCUGAAAACCAGAGAGGAAGUUUAUGUCCAUUCACAGAUAUCAAUGGAGGACUCGGAUGAAGGUGGGCAAUCACCACCAGCAUCUCCACCAAGCGCUACUUCUUUGGCUGACUUUAAACUCUGGGGAGGUCAGUUAGUCGGUGAGGACACACCUCAAGCAACAUCUGAAAGCCAGUCCCUUGUACUCACAAACAGUUCAGUCUCUCAAAGCAGCUCUCUGAUUAGUUCCCCAGUGAAUGAAUCAUGUUUUUCCACUGAUAAAGAACUUGACUUACCAUUUUCUGGAGAUUUAAUGGAAGAAAACUAUGAAGAUGACGAUGUAGAGUGCACUGGCCUCCCAAAAUGUAGCUCAGAGGAACGAGGUGAAAGAAAAGAAAGACAGGAGUUUCAACCUCCUGAUCUCUUGAAUUUUACUGCGGACCUUAUUGCUCCCAUGUUUCAACAAACUAUCGAACCAAAGAGCCAUGGGUUUCCACUUAACAGAGAGGCCUACUAUGACUCGCAGCUUAUAAGGAGUGAUGAGCGACAGGCUGCAGAUCAUGAAGUUUCUGGAGACAUCCAUUCACCUGCUUUAAGAAGACACCAAGAUGAAACGUCUCAGCUGUCGCCUCGGCCGAGCAAUGAAAAUGCUGAAUCUGAGUGGGCAGGAAGUCUGAACACAACUCAGGGUCAAAACAAGUAUGGGUACAACUACCACCACAUCGACCAAAGAACUGAACACCAGUGUGCUCACCUACCCUGCUUGAAUGCCAAGCCUGAGAGUCAACAGAGCACCUCCGAUGUAUACGCUGAGUUUACAACUGAUGCACAGGCUGAAUAUUUCAGAUCUGAGCAGAGUGAGAACCAGUUUGAAACUGGAGCCAACGCCCAUCACAGCCUGGAUGAUGCACAUUUUAAGUGUCAGUACAUCACUGACAACACUGUACAUGUGUACUCUCAGCAUGAAGCUGGUGGACACCCUGGGACAGAAGAUCAUGCUCGAUAUGUACCAGAGCGGUAUGUUCACUUUUGCAUGUCAAGCAGAAACUCCCAGCAGGGAGAGGGUGAAGUAGUGAUGAUGAUGAAGAUGGACUCCAGUAAAGAAGCAAUUAAGGAGCUGGAAAACAGAGAAGACCCCUCCUCUUCAGCAGAUACUUCAGCUGGAUCUAACCAAAGGAGGAAGCUAUCGGCUCCGCCACUGAACCUAUCACUGGAACACAGUGAGGGGUCUCUUCGGUCAGAGGACGCACUGGAAACAGAUGAUGAUGCCUUGGAUACUGGGGAUGAUCUGGAUGUCAGCAUUGAUGGGAUGGACACACCUGAUGAGGCAGACUCAUUCAAUAUGAAUAUCCAUGAGUCAGAAGAGGCUGGUUUGGGUGCAGGAGAAGUUUCAGGUGUUGCUGCAGCAGAACGUGGAGCAGAAGAAAAAGGAGAUGGACGGCUGUGGAGGAGCGUAGUAAUUGGAGAGCAGGAGCAUCGCAUUGACAUGAAGUGCAUCCAGCCAUACAAAAAAGUCAUUUCCCACGGAGGUUAUUAUGCGGAAAAGAAUGCCAUCAUCGUGUUUGCAGCUUGUUUCCUGCCAGACAGUGACUGUGAAAACUAUAACAAUGUCAUGGAAAACCUUUUUCUGUAUGUUAUUAGUACAUUAGAGCUAAUGGUGGCAGAGGAUUACAUGAUUGUGUACCUGAAUGGAGCCACUCCCCGAAGGAGGAUGCCAGGUUUUACCUGGAUGAAAAGGUGCUACCAGAUGAUAGACCGAAGACUAAAGAAAAACCUGAAGAUGUUCAUCAUUGUUCAUCCUUCCUGGUUUAUUCGGACUUUGCUGGGACUCACCAGGCCCUUCAUAAGCUCAAAGUUCAGCAGUAAGAUCAAGUAUGUUCACAGCCUUCAGGAGCUCGGAGAAAUAAUCCCAAUGGAGUACGUCCACAUUCCUCCCAGCAUCAUGAAAGUGGACAAAGGAAAAUCAGCGGUUUGAGAAGACACUUGGAUGCUGCCUCAUUCUCCCUGCAUUUUGCUGGACUGUCUGCCACAGCAUGUCUGAGUAUAAAAGUUUGCAGCACGAUGAGUACGGCACAUAGUUGUUGCAGGACAACUAGAGUUUUGAUCAGAAGGGAAUGACCCAUAAUGCCAACAUGGUAUGAUCAUAUCCUCUUUGUGGAGAGUUUCUGAGCAUGCUCAGUUUAUAGAGAGGGUAUUGGUGUACCUAGAUGACAGAGACUGUCACUGUGCUGAAAGGGGGAAGCUUUGUACUGUUUUUCACGUUACCUAUGUUCACCGUCUUCUUCUCCGAGUUUAUUUAAAUAUAAUUUAUACAUUUACAACUAUUCUUCACUGUCUGUUGAAAAGUAUUUAUACAUUUGUGCUUUUCUGAAGCUACGAUUGAAUUGAAAUUUGAACUUAAUAUGCUGGCAGAAUGCUAUUUUUCUCCAUCUAACAUUUCGGUAUUAGGCUGUUGUAGAUCUCUAACAAUAAUCUGUUUAAUGAUUGUUUUAACUGUCAUCUCAGUUGACAAGCCUUUCAAAAGGCUAUAAAACAAUAGGGAAGUUAUGUUGAGUAAGAACCGUCUAAUUCAUCACUUGAUUUGUUUGCGAAUAAAAUGAGCUGUUCCUCCAACACCACUGUCACUGUGAAAACAUCCUCAUGGCAUAUCAGUCAGCAGAAAUAUAUCUUUCUGUAGUAAAAGUAAAAAGUAUCACAGAAAAACAAGUGGAGUUUUUCCACAUUCCAAACAUGUUGCAUGUUUUCUAUCAGCUACAGUUUAUCACAAUCACUUUAUAACGGUAACACCAAAGGGAACAUGGCUUUAGGACUAGUGUCACUGUAAUAAUAAAUGUGGGUGUUUGCGCAUUAUAGACGCAAGAUGACUGUUGGGUGAAAACAAACUUAAAUACUUUAUGUUCCCUUAUACAAAAGUUAUAACAACAGUGGAGGGUGAGUAAUGUCUGCUUUUGUUCAUAUAUGUUAAUAUGUAACUCACAUUAUAUUCAUUUGUUGUAGAGAUCAUGAAAUGGUACACUUCAUUAAAUGCAUUUUCCUCCCAA